GCAGAGUACUGCCAUUGCAAUCGGUAUGUAAGCACACAUCGCGCGUCUAUCCGACGUCCAUCAUACGUUGAUGUUCGCAUAAUAAACUGACAGAUAUUAGAUCCAUACUCAUCGCGGCUAGGUCCAAAAAAUGCCGACUGUUGUACCACUCCCAACAUAUCCUCCUGCAAGCGCCAGAAAGUCGUUAUCAGCCUCGCAGCUGGCAACUUUCCAUAGCAACUUAUCAAACGCCCUCGCUGAAAUCCUUGCGCUACCUCCCGCGAGACGAGACAACCCUGCCACCCGUAGUUUUCUAUCCAGCUACGUCAAUGAAAUAGCCCAUCAAACCCUGCAAUCUCUGAUCUGGGAUGCUCCACCGUAUACAGACAACCAUGUACACGCACGCGUCCUAUUCCUUGCGGAGAAGCUAGCUACAGUACCGUCUUGCUUCGACGUGAAGACACUCCUGGACGUCGCCAUCGCAUACUUUCCUUACCCAACCCGUGUCCGUGCCCUUUUCAUCGCAGCUCUCGCUAGCACGCCAAGCCUUGCUACUGUAUUCACCUCAGAUAUGGUUCCUGUGCUGACUACCCUUCUCGAGCCAUCCCGCUGUGCGGGUUUAUACGGCCUCCGCAAAAACGCACGCUGCUUUGUCAGUCUACUCUCUGGUUGUCCCCCCGAGCUCGUGCGUCCAUUCGCGAGUGACCAGGAUUUCAUGACGGGACUGGCACAAGCGUAUGAAGAAGGACUUGCUGCACUAGCACGUUCGUACGGUGGAAUACGCACGGACAUCGGUACGCGGGAGCUGGAUGACUGGGAGCGUAUCUGGCUCGAAACCAAGGUCGACCUCAUAGACAGCUUCCACAUCGUUAUUACCGUCAUGAUCCAAGACCUCUCAGCCGCAUCCGGUGCAGCGUUGGCAGCAGAGUCAGAACGAACGUUCAACAUUGUAUUUGCAUUAUUGAACCUCCCGCCCCCGCCAGCAGUACAAGCGGGCAGUACUCCUAGUACUGCUGCUCCUUUCCUCAACCGAUCGCUGAUAGCCGACUAUCAACACUCGUAUAAUUUGUCUAGCACUCUUGCUUCUGCUCUACGUCGCGCUGCACGUGAAGACGCCCGAGUUGACCACCUCGAAUCCACCCUUCGUUCCUUCGAUAUUGAAUCUUCCGCUGCUGGGACCAAAGAUCCUGGAGCGCUCAAGCUGAUCAUCAAGUCAUCUGGCAUCCCACCCGGUGCCUCUGCUUCUGGGAAGAGCAAAGCGGCGCAGUCUUCAAGUAAGGGCAAAGCCAAAGUAGUGCGCCCUGAACCUGAGCCGCAUGAUCUCGACGUGGAGAUCUUGCAGGUCAUGGACAUCUUCCCGAACCAGUCGCCCGAGUAUAUCCGGGAGCUCCUCAAGCAGUCUGUGUUCAAGAAUGCAGAGAAGGUCAUUGAAGCACUAUUGGAGGGCACUGCACCCGGAGAGUCUUCUGUUGCGGAGGACGUCAAAAGCGCCCAUACCAUGCCCAGUGAGCCCAUUGAGAGAAAGAACGUGUUUGAUGACGAGAUAUUGGAUGUUAGCAAGAUACGUUCGGGGAAGAAAAACCAAGACGAGGCAUCAAUACUUAGGGACAGAGUAGCUGUCGAGCAGAUGAAAGCCGACAUUCUGCGACGUGCAGAGGCCAUGGCUGACGCGGAGGAAGAUGAAGACGGCGGCAAGGCAGCUGAAGUCGAUCAUGAUAUCGACUUUGGAGACGAAGUGAAGGUUAUCGGUGAUGGAGAGGCUAGCAGCGAGGGCGAAAACGAUAGCGAUGAGGAUGGGGUACCGCCGUCGAAAGUCACUCCGGAGACUGUUCUUGAGCUUGCGUAUAUCCGUGAUCCGGAGCUGUUUGCCAGAGAUGCUAGUACGCGGAGGUCGAAAGCACGUAGUGAGCUCAAAGCACAGACCGGCAAGUCCUUUGUUGUCUUACUAGUCGCGUUGCUAAGUUAACAUAUAGGCUGGUCGGAUGAGCAAAUUGAGGGAUGGAGGAUUAUGCUGGAACGAAAUCCAAACAAGGACAAGAUCCUGCA